AGCCUGGAAGAUCUCAAGCAUCCCAAAGUACUCACCAUUUGGCCAACUGUCUUGGCCACCAUGGCGAACUCUCACAUGGGAAGUUCCCCUUGGCGCGGCUUCAAGGACCAGGGCUCCCCUGUCUGGAAAGCCUACAGCGCCUUGAAGAGUGUACAAGAGAUGGACCCGAAUUUGCUCCAGGUGCCGGUGCCGGUGCUGGUGAUGAUGGGCAUGCAGAGUGCAGGGAAGACCAGCUUUAUUGAAGCGAUGGUGAAGUUCCCCGUGGGCUUCACAGACCGCUGUACCGGGACGCGCUGUCCAGUGCGAUACAUCUUGCGGAGUUCAUCUGUGGAUUCCUACAAAGUGGGUGGGGAGGUGGUGAAACGUGCUGCAGAUGUGCGGGAGAAGGUGAGGGAACAUAUGAAGCGCCUGGCCCAAACGAACAGCUUCAGCCACGAGGUUCUUACGGUGGAGAUCAGCGAAAGGAACCAGAUGGAUAUGGACAUCACAGACUUGCCUGGUCUGAAGGACCAAGAGGAAAGGGAUGCCAAAGAGAUCGCUUCGAUCGUGAAGGCCUACGUGGAGAAGCCCUACGUCAUUCCUGUGGCUUUAUGCAAGGCAGAGAAGUCUGAGGAAACUCAAACGGACAUGGAGGCGUUGAAAGGCGUUGGACUCAAUCCCAAGAAGGCCUUGGUGAUUGUGAAUUACUUCAACAAGCAGCUCUAUGACCUUCACACCUUGUCCGACUUCAAUGACUACUGUGAAGGCUACCUGGCCAAGUUCCACCGAGCGCAUUUUGUCAUGUUGCACUUCAAAGAUGGGAUCAACAAGGACAGAAUGAGCUUUGAGGAACUUCGCCAGUACUACGAGAGGUUGUGCGAAGAGGAAGAGGAGACCAUCAAGAAGAGGAUUGAGGACUUGAAGCAUGAGCAGGAAUCCAAGACUGAGGUGUCUCGACAAGUCCAGGAAGCUCUUGGCAUCAAGUCGGCGUUUGGGUCGAUGCAGUCCAGAUUGUUGGACUGGAUGAACGCGGAGCGCUCGAAGAUCGGGGGUGUCUUGAAGGAGAGGGUGAAAGCUGUUUGCAGCGAUUGCCAGAUCCUGAAAGAGGCUCUCUCGGACACUGACGCCGAAGCCAUGCGCGAAGGAUGCGAGCAGUAUUUGAGGGACUGGGUCAAGACGAUGCGGGGGGCGCACGAAGCGAAGCACAACUACAUCUUGUCGCGGUCGAAGCAGGAAGAGGAACAGGAGGAAGAAGAUGCCCAGUUGGGCCGGCAACUCCACUGGGCUUAUGAUACGAAAGAUCGCUGCCUAGCCCAUACCUUUGAGGAGGAGUGGAGAAAGGUGCCCAGGGCGGUGAAAGACAAGCCGACGAGCAAGUCAUGGAAGAUGGACAAGUUACAGGAGGAACUCCAGCGGACACACACUGGCGAACUGAUGCUCAUGAAUUUGAUGCCCCAUGCAGCGUACUCCCGCAGUGUCAAGGUCUACGGUCAGGUCAUUAUGAAGUAUCCUAUGCGGAAGUUCUCCCGCGCAGAUGUCUACAACAUCAGCGGCCAUUGCAACGACGGCAUGACGGGAAGCUUCAACAAGCACGCAGUGCUGAAGGAGAUGGUGACUGAGCGACUUCUGGACCUUCAGGAUAUCGUGGAGGCAUUGUUGGAGCACAUCAAAGUGAUCUAUUUGGCUCCACUGGAGCGGAUUCAUCAGCUCCUUUCUGGACAGCACCAUGUUGUGAGCACCUACACAGGAUUGAAGAACUUGAUCGAUGAGACCUAUCGAAAACUCCUCAAUGCGCAACUGAAAAAGACCGCGGAGAGAAUCCAUGAGCACAUCCACCAGACCACGGCCUGUGUGUCGGUGGGCCUGCCAACCAGACUAUUGGCUUUGUCUCUAUGGGCAGCAAAUCCUGAAGGGCGCAUGGCUGAGGAGGACACUCCUGAGGAGAAGCCUGCAUCGCACGAUGAAGAGUGGGUGCCAAAUGAUGAUGCUUCUGAGGAGAUGGGGGCGGCUUCCCAUGAGGAUGUAGGACAUCGGCAGCAGGAAGUGAAGCGGCGCGUGGCACAACACAACACCACUGUGAAGAAAGUGAAGGAGGUCUUGCGACCCUUCAAGCAGAGCUUGUCCGUGGAGGAGUUUGUGGAAGGGGGUUGCGAAGACUUCCCACCGGAGGAUAGCCGUACUUUAGAUCUUGAGCAGUUGAAUCAAGAUGCGAAGCACUAUUUCUUGUUGCUCAAGGGUCUCCUGCUUUUGAACAUUGAGAUGGCCUUAGACCAUCACGUCUAUGCAUUCUUGAGCGGAGAACUUCUUGGAGACAUGUACGACAAGAUGUCGCGGCACCUAAACCAAGCGGUGUCGAAAGAUGAAGACUUGCGAAAGAUGGUUGGAGGUGAAGAGAAGCGGAAAGAGCUCCAAGGCGAAUUAGACAAGAAGGAAGAGGAGCUGAAGAAGCUCCAAGAAGCCGAGAAGCUUCUCGACUGCAAAGCCGACCUUGGCCGUGCCACGCACGCCGGAGCGUGAGAUGGGACGCGGGAGAAAGCCACUGAAAGUGAUGUGGCCACGUCUUCCAAGACAAACAAGUGAUCGCCUACUGUAAUGCAUGUAUAUGUACGUUGCAUUGGACAUUUUGGCAAAACGCAUUUCAACUCCAAGCUGUCUCACAGCAGUACCCAGACAC